AUGGAGGAUGCUUUAACACGUGGAUUAUGGAACUGGAGAGCGAGAUCUAGUAGUUUAUGUGUGCGUAUUGGAAACACUCAAGACCCUGUCACAACUUUGUUGCUAACUCAGCAUAUUCAUGAUGACUCAAAUACAAACGUCUCGGACACGAGCCAUAUAAGCCACGAAAUUCUAACUACAGCACCAUAUAGACUCUAUCUGUAUAAGCAACACAGUAUGACAAUCCUUGGGAAGAGUGAAGCUUUGCAUCAGAAGCCGAGCAAGAAGAUAGACGUGGACGUGAAUAUCUUCUCUGCAACUCGCAUCAACAGUUCCACCUUAAUACCCUUGACCUCCACCUUGACAUUCGGCACGCCAGCCCAUUACUCAUCCUCGGCGCAAUUCUCUUAUUACACUGAAAGCUACGAAAGAAAAAAGCACAAGGCUAUUGAAAUGCCGGGGCACGAUAUUAAUGAGCGUGAGCGUGAAGGGAGAGUACCCCAUACCAGCCAGGUCAUGAUCAAGGACCGUCGGCAGAAUCGAGAGAACAGGCGGCAAACGAGCUACUGGCUAGCUCAAUACUGA